CGUUCUCCGUUUUUCAAAGCAGUAGCGAUCUGCGACUUUGUUCGUUUUUCUUACGUGAUGCAGCGUCGAUGCAGUGCUGAUUUUGAUGCGUGGCGUUUUCUCGUUGCUCGCCUUUCGCUUUUAACAAGUUAGUGCGAUGGAUUGAUACAUACAUCACCAGUUUGAGUAUGGAAAAAUGUAGCGGCACCAUUAACUUCAAGAUCAUCUGAUUCCAGACGACGACAACAGGACUGUGGCGUCAUGGGAGGUGCUGGUGGACCGUAUUCUCAAUGGAACGCGAAGGCCGGCUAUGGCACGAACACGAAGGGCAAAGGCGGUGGUAAAAAGGGCGGCGGAAAAAGCAGGAUCAAUCCGCAGAAUAGCAGCGGUACUUCUGCCGGGACCGAUGUUCAGACCGAAAUUCGCAGGUUCGCGCUUGGCUUGCACGGCCCGGAGCAUACUUUGGCGCCUUCCUUGGCGGCCCUCUCGUGGGACGAUCCAGUAGUUUACGCCAGCACUUUCGGAUUGGCGUUGUGCGUCGAACUCAGCGCCUUGGGGCGGAGGAUUUUCAAGCAGGAAACGUCGGGUGCAGCGGAACCACUGGAAAUCCAGCUUGACUCCACGAAUUUGCCGGAGGUCUCUGCAGGCCUGUCUAAAUGCCUCCCCGGGGCAACUGUGUUGCGCCUUCGCGCUUCGUGCUACCUAAACCGCGACACGUACGCCCGCCUCUGGGGCAAAGGCGCACACCCGCCCAAGAUUGGGCACGUUCUAGACAGCGACUGUUUUUGCCGUCUCCAAGUGUGGUGUGGAUACGAGCAGGUUACGGCACUCGAGUCCUUCAUCAUCUGGUCCGACGUGCACGCCCAGCAGCCUCUCGCGGACCCGGAAGAUAAACCAAAAAGAGUCAGACUUGACCUCCUCGUGAAGAUCCCGGCCGAUGCAGGGGAGCUAUUGCGGUGGUAUAGUGGAGAAACCUGGCCGUUCGGUACAGGACACUCUUCGAGCCACGUUCUUGCAGAUGUGUUGGAAACCUAUGAAUUCAGUUUGUACCUGGAACUCUUGCGGGACAGCAGUGCAAAACCGUACGUGCGGGCCCGGCAAGCUUGUGAUCAAGUACAGAACUCGUGGCCUGCAUCAAAUCUCGCUAGGAAGUACCCGGUAGCACGCGACAUCGCCGUAGCGACGGCGACCGGUGUGGAUACUGGCGGACUGGACAUCGCAAGGACAUCAACAGCCGUGUCUGCCAUCCCCGUACCUGAAAAAGCGCUCGCGCUUGCGUGUGGAAGUGCUGUAGAUUCGAUCGAAAGCAAGAUCGCCAAGUCCAUCGAAAAGAUUGCUUCCCUGACGACAUUCAAGAAGCAAGCCGAGGAAAGCCUCGCAAAGAAGCAAGAGGCGCUCGGAGCCGACAGGCUAGGUGGACAAGAGAGUACGGAGAGCGCGCUUGCCCGUGCUGCAGUCCGUGCAACUCUGCCAGAGCCGGUGCUGGCAAGUUUUGUGCAGGCGACCUCGGUAGAAAGCUGCGUAGUGGGGCCAAAUACGUUAGUCGGUUUCGGUAAGUUCAAAGACUACAUGAUGCGGUCGGUGUGCGCAAGCACCGAGGGAAAAAGCUACAUCGCGUGGUGUAAGGAGCAAUCAAGCCCGGGCGGUCCGAUGGAGAGGCUCCUUCACUACGAAAGCGUGCAUUCUGGCCGCGACACGUGGGAGAACAUUGCAAGCAAAAUUGCGGAGGCCAAGUUUCACAACUCACACAAGGUUUGGAAAACGAACUUCAACAGGCGCUUUAACGAGACGCUGCAAGAAGUAGCGGGGAUGACUAGUGACGAAAGAGCGAGGCAGCUGAGGCUACGCGCGUUUGUGCUGGAAGAAAGUGCUGUGAAACAAGCGGAUUUCGCUCUGACCAAGGAGAUGCGGCGUGAAGCGUUUUUGCAGAGGGCACGCGUUACAGCGCAGGAACUGCGACUGGCGUUUAGCAAAAUGGAAGAACAGCAGGAGACGGUGUUGCAAAUGUCCGGACUGAACGACUCGCAGCUGGAGGCCGUGCAAGCUGUCCUGCACCACACGGGAGCGACCAUUUGUCAGGGACCGCCAGGCACGGGUAAAACUAGGACAAUCGCCACAAUGUCUGCGGCACUAGUUCGCGCAACGCCGACAGAAACUGAGCCGGCCGAGAUCACAAGGCUUUUGAGGAACUUCGAGCAAGGUUUACAGAGCGGCUCGGAAGAUCAUCUACACGGAAGCCAAUUUUUCGGUACGUUCAGCGCGAGCGCCACCAGCAGCGGCUCGGAUCACGUAGAGAAAGAACUUCGGCGAUGCACUGCGCACAUGCGUCAUACUCCAAGGAGGGUAUUGUGCACGGCAGUAGCAAACAAAGCAGUGUUCAACAUGCUGGAAAAAAUCAUCCAGCAGGAGGCAGAUCUAUCCCCCGAAGAUCGCUGCCCCGGAACAAUAGCCCUCCAGGGGGUCGAAGACGGUGUCCCGGCGCACCUGCUUCCGUACUUCAUCCACCGCAGAUACCGGGACGUUUUCCAGGCUCCGGUGGGUAGUGUGAAUCUCCAGACACUGCGUGAGUUGGUCAAUGAUGCUCCUGCUUUCUGCAAAGCUUGGGGUGUGAACCUCAGCAAUUUGAAUGCGGUCUGGAAUGAAUUCGAAGCCAAGUCGCAGAUUCGAAAGAACGAGCGAGCCGCGGCACAGAGGUGGAAGAAAUGGGCGCAGAUCCCACCUGAGCUCACGCUGGAGGACUUCCUUCGCAACGCAAAAAACACUGCGGAUCCGGGAGAGGCAGGGUCGAGAGCAGACGGCGCUAAAAACAGUCGUGACCAACGUAGAAGCAUCCGUGCGCGGCCGCUGCCACUGGAACUCGAGCACGAGCUUCUUGCCGGGGCUAGCUACAUUUUUUCAACGCUUGCGUGCUGUGGGCGCAGGAGCCUCUCGGACGCGUUAAAUGACACCAGUGUGCUGGUUUCUCGACUGCAGAAAAGACACGCUAGCGAAGAUUCCGAUUCGUCAGUGGAGCAGGGCAGUGUUGAUGCUUCUUUCGCACAAGAUCUGACAAUCAUCGUGGACGAAGCCGCGCAAGCCACUGAAGCGGAUACAUUCUUGGCCCUCGCCUUGCAGCCGAGCCGCCUCGUUCUUGUCGGGGACCCGAAGCAGCUAAGUGCGACAGUGAUUCACAGCAACAGCCUGCGAAAGCGGGGAUACGCGCGCAGCAUGCAGGAACGCCUGCAGACCUUGGCCGCGCAGCCGAGCAGGGAUCCGGCUGGCCAAGCAGAACAUGGUUCGCCGCGGAUGCACGCCCCGCGCGUGUGCUUCUUGGACACACAGUACCGGAUGCAUCCGGAAAUCGCGAAGUUUCCGUGCAAGCAAUACUACGAUGGUAGGUUGAAGGACGGAACGCAAGCUGAAAACGAGGCGACCGGAGUAGCAAAGGUGUUCUUAUCGUCCCGGCUUUCCCCCGCACAUGCGCAGGACCUCUCUGUCGAUGCACGGACAUUGGUCGAAGCCUGUGCGCAAAAUGGACAGCGCUAUUUCGUAGUGUGCCACAGUGGGGAGGAAGGGCGGCAGGGCGGGAGCGCACAAAACUUCCACGAGGCCGACUUGGUCUUCCGGACGUUUUUGGCGUUGGCUGGGGAUAAAACAGCGUGGCAGCAGACGGAUCAUCAAAGCGCAGCGACGUCGGCAGGAGCUACUGUGUCGACUUCUACUUCUUCCCAUCCACGAAAUCCAUUUGCCGGAGGACAGCGUGAAUCUUCGGCUGCAGUGUCGACGGAGCCAGAUCGUAAGUGCGUGAUCUUAAGUUUUUACCAAGGACAGCGACGAUUACUUGAUCAAAUGUUUGCCGCGAGAACUACGACUCAGCCCAGCGGCAGAACCAACUUCAUCAAGACAAAUACCAGCAAGCAGGGCAGCGCCGCAGUCCAUACGGUUGACAGCUUUCAAGGCAGCGAGGCCGAAGUAGUAUUGCUGAGCUUCGUGCGCAGUACAAGCGAGCGGACCUUCCUGUCGGACGCCAACCGAUUGAAUGUUGCCCUCACACGGGCCAAGAAAUUUGCGAUCGUCUUCGCCAAUGUCGAGAAGCUGUUGAACGAAUCGGCGGAAAGCCACGGUGGUGAUUCAACAGAGGACGCGGACUCGUCCGCACAACAGGCCAAUCAGGUCCGCGCAAUAUUGACCGACGCGAAGAAUCGCGGUCUGCUGGUCCAGGAGGCCGUUUGGGAGGAAUUGCUAGGCAACAAGGGUCUGCAGCCUCUUGACAACAAGAAUACCGCCGCGGUACUAGAUGCCACAUGUAGAAACACAGACCAGCAGCAAAGCGCGACGCGUGCUCCGAUGGCACAGUUUUCCGGUGAUAAAGGAGCGUCCUCUUCUUCUUGGCAUGGGCCGUCGUCUUGGACGUGGCAAACUAUGCACUGCAACAACUACAGCAACUAUCACAACCAUUCGAAUUCUGGAACAGCCUACUUUGGCGCGGGCACUGGAUGUGGUCCACCGACGGCGAGAGUUCCUACCGUUGCAACGCCUCUUGCUGCGCCUGGAGGCUGGAACUUGCCUGCAGCUUCAUCUUCGUCGACUUCUGCUUCGUCGUCUUCUGCAGUGCAGUACCCGGCGGUCGGCAUUUCGAACGGAAAGCAAGUCUUUUUUUCUAGCGAAGAUGCAGGGUCGUGGGAUUGGCCUUGGCCGGAUGAGGACGAAUGCCAGCAUGAUCUUCUCGGUGUCAGUGACUACGUUGACGGUUGUGACGACAAAGACGUUGGGCACUGCAACAAUCACACGAGUGAAGAAAAGCAGAGCGAUUUGGCACAGUCCAGUAAACAAAGAAAUAAUGAUCUCGUUAACAAUUACAAUAGGAAUAGACCGGCGUCACCAUCCCGACCCCGGCGUCAUGACGAAGGUCGCGACAACGCCCGCGAGCGACGGUCGCGCUCGAGGCGUCGCGAUUCCCGGAACCGACAAUCGCGCUCGAGGCGCCGCGACUCCCGGAACCGACGCAGAGACCGAUCGCGAUCGCGCAGCAGAAAUCACAGGAAUCGGAAUGGGCGGCGGCGCGGCUCGUGGCGCUGAUGCUGAAUGGUUUGUCUACUUGAACGCGAAAUCGCUAUCGCACACGAUUGUACUCUGCGGAGUCCUCAACUUCACUUGAAGAAAAAGUUCCCAAAAUCGAUUUCAUUGCUCGGUCCCAGAUUCCUUCGAUAUGAACUUAUAUUUUCCCUUCUUCCUGACCCUGAGCAUGAGCUUGACAGAAGGAGUAUACUACCUCACUGUCGAUUUCCUUUGUGAGCUAUAAAUGUAUGAACUGACGUAUCAUCUAUCGAUCUUGGCAAGAAAAAUG